AUGCAGACACCAUCCCUUCUCUCCCUCGCUCUGCUGCUGUCUCCCGCCCUGGGAGGCGGCGUGCCAGGACCGGACGCCAGCAUUCCGCCCAAGUUGGAGCCCACAAAGCUGGACAAUUUCACAUGGGCAGACCCCUUCUCCUCCUCCAGGCUCGCAUACUUCGACGCAGCCUGCGAGAGCCAGCGGACCUUCAAGGCGUUCGAGUACCAGCUGCAUGAUCUCCAGCUGCAGGAGCCCAACGGCCUCGCCCCCUACAGUGAGGCCCUCAAGGACUUCUUUGGCGGCCGCCCAUACCCAGGCGGGUGGGAUGGCAUCGACGCGCACCGCUAUGAGCGUAACCUGCUCAGGAUGGAGUACUCAGACGUUCCCCUCAGAGUGCGGGAGUGGAUCGAGGAGCAGGAGAGGAGCGACGGCCCCGGUAAGGGCCUUUUUGCCGUCUACCAGAAGCCCACCGACGGCGAGACGGUCAAGAAGACCGCAAAGGUGCCAGACCUGGACAAGGUGGACAAGCUGAGACCGUUGGACGAGAAGAAGGCCGUCAUCUUCGCCCCCGGUGCGGUCUACGACAUGUUGCCGCUGUGGGUUGCCGAGGGGAGCAAAUGUGAAGGCACCCUGAUCGACCUCACCAAGUACGGACCCAAGCCGGUCGACGGCGGUGUUGUUGCAUGGCCCACGGGCUACACAAGCCCUGACAGGACCACAACAGAGAGGGCCAUGGAGUUCACCAUCAAGGCCCAAGUUCUGAGCGCCAAGGCCGGCGCGUCAAUAGACAAAGAGGGACAGGACGCCGUCAAGGCUGAUAGCAAGGACGAGCUGUAG